CUAUUGUUUCACGCGGAUGAGGGUGCGCCAAAUUCACUGCUUGCUUGCGAAGAGGAAGAAGGCGAAGCGAUUGCAAAAGUUAUGGCCACGGGGAGUGAUAGAAAUUACGUAGUUGCACCUGGCAACUGACUCGAGCACCACUCAAGUACCGAGCUGACGCGCCUUCGUGGGUUUUUGCGUUGUUAUCGUUUAGUCAUCAUUAUCGCCAUUGUAACUACCCGCGCAGUUUUUCUGCUCGUCGUAUUAAAAUGCAUAGCACUACUACAACAUGACGGCAGCAUCAGGCUCCAAGUCCAGAGUUUCUUUGGCCCCCGUGACCCUCUAACAAAAGCAAGAGCCGCGCGCUGGAGCUGAGUAGGCAGGCCCGUCAAAUGCUGCUGGGGCCUGCUUCCUUACGGAGAAUGCUUUCUCGGGACCGAGUAGACGCGUACGAGAUGGCGCGCAGCCUCCAGAGGCAACGUAUUUUUUGACAUUUUCACUUCGUAGCCGUUCUUCUUGGCAGAGGGCCGGCCCCCUUGUUUUUUAUUCUACCCACUCCAUGCUUGUAAAUGGCCAGCUUCUUUCGAUAUUUCCUUGGAUGACACGCAAUAUAUAACGUCCGACCCACUGCAGGCAUAGAGACGACAAAGAGUGAGUUGCUGGCCGGCGGUGGUACUUGGAUGACAAAGUACCUGAUGUCCGCAGAAGACAUCAAAGAGAGGAGCUCGAUACGAUGCGACGAGCCUGGUUGGCGUGAGCGUCUCCGGAAGUGUGUAACGGAUCUCGAGAAGAUCAAGGCAGAACAAGGCGGCGAAGGACUCCCCAGACGUGUGCUAAUCUUGCUUGUUGUCUAUCUUGUGUAGUCGUUUUGCUUAUUGUGGCAUUAGUUUCUUGUUAUAUAUGCGCCAGGGAGGGAGGCUCCCGGAAGGUGGGGCGAACGCCGUAGAGCUUUCCACAUUAGUCCCACCGUGUAACCCCCCACUAUAAGGGUGGCGCUCUUGCUCUCCUUUGACGCGUGACACAUGACGCUUCACGCGCGACCCACGGACCGACCCGCGACCCGUGGGCCCAUCGGUGGCGUGAUCCGUGGGCUUGUCAGUGUUGGUUCCGCAGAUCGAUCCGCGAUCCGUGGACUGCUCAGCGAUCUGAGGACUGGCCAGCGAUCCGCGGACUGCUCAGCGAUCCGCGGAUUGCUUAUUGGUCCGCGGACUGAUCAGUGGGCCGCGGAUUGAUCAAAGAUCCACGGAUCGACCAGGGGCCCGCGGAUUGCUCAGCGGCCCGUGGAUUGAUUUAAGGCCCGCGGAUCGAUCGGCAAUCUGUGGGUUGAUCAGUGGCCCGUGGAUUAAUCAGUGGCCCGGGGAUCGGUCAGUGAUCCGCGCACGGAUCGACCAAGGACCCACGGAUCGAUCAAGGGCCCGCGGAUGGAUCAAGGGGCCGCGGAUCGACCAAGGGCCUGCGGAUCGAUCAAGGAGUCACGGACCGAAGAAGGGCGCACGGAUCGCCCAAGAGUCCGCGGACCCUUCCAUCGGCCGAGGAUCCGUGGACCGAUGAAGGGGCCGCGGACUGAUCAGGGAGCCGUGGAUCGAUCAAGGGCCCACGGAUCAGCCAAGAGCCCGCGGACCGAUCGAGGGGCCGCGGAUCGAUCAAGGACCCGCGGAUCGUUCAAAGAUCCGCGAAUCGAUCAAAGAUCCACGGAUCGAUCAAAGGCCCCACGGAUCGACCAAAAGUCCGCGGACCGAUGAAAGGUAGGCCCGCGGAGCGAUCAAAGGCCCCCGGAUCGCUCGAAGAUAGAUCCGCGGAUCGAUCAAAGACCCACGGACCACGCGCCGGCCGCCGCGUGUGUGACACGUGAAGCACAUCACGCGAAGGAGUUGCCUGCGUGCUGCGUCGCGCUUGAAAUUGGGCGCAGGCGUCUCGCAUCCCCCCGAAGCCCUUGGCGCCACGCGGUGGGCGUCACGCGUCGCGAGCAGCUCUGCGGCGUUCUGUAAGUCCCGCCCCCCCUGUGGAUGGAGCGCGGGCGGCGUCCGCGCGCCCUUUUUUCCGCUGUGGUGACAUGGCGGUGACAUGCAAGGGCUCCCGGGGGUAAAGGGCCCAAAAGGCGGGGCAGGAGUCCCCUGGCGGCUCUCCGCGUGUGCCCCACAUGCGCCUUGACUAUUGGAUGGACCUUAUCAGGGGGACGGCCUCCGGGGGAAGAAGGCGGCCACGGGCGCGAGGCUUGGCCCCUUUGGCGCUCGUCCCCCCAAUUGGUGGCAGCGAGCGUCAGCCGCCACCAAACGCCUGGGGGGAUGAGGACCAAAGGCGAGGAGGAGGGGGGCAAGGCGUGCCCGCCUGGGUUCUGGUGGGUGCAUGCAGCACCGCGGAAGGGGUCAAGCUUUGCCACCUGCGGCCCUCGGAGGCCUUCCACCUUCGAAGAGGCUCCCCCAGUGAGGAGCCCGCGCCCGGGAGGUCUGUAGGGUACGGGCAGCAUGACGUCAUGUGGAACGGCGUGGGAGCUCUGUAGGGUGCGUGCAGCAUGGCAAGGGGGUCCAGCUUGGCCACCUUUGCCGCCUUCGGAAGCCUCCCUCCCCCGGCCGCCGUUGCUUGAACGGCCUCAGGGGUUUUGGUUCUGUAGGCUACAGGCAGGAGGCCGCGAAGGUAAGCAGGCGCUUGGAGGCCUUCUCGCCUGGCAGUCCUUCGAGAAAAAGGGCCCGGAGCUGGAGGCCUCCCCCCUCCAGAAGAUAGGUCGGGGCAUAUCCAUACACACUCCCCGUCCACUGGGUAUUGUCCUCAGUCGCCCACGCGUAGACUUAGAGCAGAGCUCUCUUAGAUUUCUUGGCGAUGAAUCACUUAGGAAAGAAAAAUCGUGCCACCUCGUGGGGGGGAGACGGGGGCUGCCUUUUUGUCUACUCACAGAUACAUGCGGACUUUCAAGAGAGGAUGCACGGCUUUUGUGGGGUGCGCAGCUGGGUGGGAUAUAAUUUGCCGGAAAAUAGCGAUAUCAGGAUGGAAGUGCAGCAAAAUUGGGCGGGG